AUUUUGCCACCAAACGAUGACCCAGCUGACGCCGAAUGCCGUGCCGACGCUGCACAACCGCCAGAACCCCGACGGCUUUGAGCCGUGGGUGCAAGUGAUUGACUUGAAGAAGAUCGUGUCGGCCUCAGGGAAGGGAGGGGAUCGAUAUCGCUUGGUGCUGUCGGAUGGCCAAUACUACAUGAGUGGAAUGUUAUCGACCCAACUCUCCUCGACGCUGGAGGAUGGUAGUUUGGCGGUGAACUACUUCAUUCGCCUCAAGGACUACGUUGGGAACACAGUGCAAAACCGAAAGAUAUUGAUUGUUUUGGGGAUCGCAGACAUUCAACCUGGAUACGAACGUGUCGGUGCACCAGAAAGCAUUGACAAGGCAGGUGGCGCUCCCGCCGCCGCCCCGGUGACAACAACCCACCACCACGCACCCGCGCCAUCAUUAUAUCAAGCCCCGCCUGCCCCCGCGUAUCAGGCAGCCGCUCCUCAGUCCACCUACCUCCCGCACCAAAGCACAGCGCCGCAAGCAGCCGCUCCCCGCAACCCGUACCAAAAGACGACGACCCCAGUCAAGAAUCACGCGCCCGUCGUCCGCGAAGACCCUGGCAUCCGCGUGUCGGACAUUGCAUCGUUGAACCCGUACUCUGGCGGACGCUGGACCAUCAAGGCGCGGGUGACGGCGCGCUCGCCCGUAAAGAACUGGACCAACGCCCGGGGGCAAGGCAAGCUGUGCAGCGUCGACUUGUUGGACGCCAAGGGCGGCGAGAUUCGCGCGACCUUGUUCAACGACGCCGUGGAUGCGUUCUACGAUCGGUUGAUUCCGAACGGCAUUUUCUACUUCUCGGGGGGCAAGAUCAAGAUGGCGAACCGCAAGUUCUCGGCCAUCAACAACGACUACGAAGUCACAUUCGACACGUCGUCCGACAUUGUGGCCGCGCCGGACGAUCAUGCGAUCCAAGCGGUCUCGUACAACUUUAAACCUAUUGCCUCGAUCGAGUCGUUGCCAGUGGAUUCCACCAUCGACUUGAUUGGCAUCGUGAAAACUGUCGGGCCGUGCACAGAGCUCACGUCGAAAGCCGGCAAGCAACUGCAAAAGCGAGAUUUUACCAUGGUUGACGACACCCUCGCGGAAAUCAAAGUGACCGUGUGGAGCGAACGCGCGACCGAUCCCGCGUGCGACGGCUGGGCUAACCAGGUGCUGGCAAUCAAGGGAUGCCGAAUCAGCGACUACAGCGGGCGCACACUGGGCACAUUUUCGUCCACGAGCUUUGUGACGAAUCCAGCACUGCCAGAAGCGGCCCGGCUGCUGUCAUGGUACAGCGCGGGUGGUGCGUCCACGAGCACCAAGUCGCUCAGCAGCGGCGGCAGCGGCGUCGGCGGCGGCAUGGGGCCGUUUGACCAACGCUCUAGCAUUGCUGACAUCAAGGACAAGCGGUUGGGGUAUGGCCAAAAGCCCGACUACAUCACCGUGAAAGGCACGGUGAGCUUUAUCAAGCACGACACGGGCGUGUGGUACCAAGCGUGCGUCAAGUGCCAGAAAAAGGUGGUGCCCGACGCUGCGCAGAAUUUCAACUGCGAAAAGUGCCAGACUGUGUACGCCAGCUGCGAGAACCGAUACAUUUUGUCCAUGGUGAUUCAAGAUGCGUCGGGGUCGUCGUGGACGUCGUGCUUUAACGACCAAGGCAAGAUCGUGAUGCAGGGCAAGUCGGCGGACGAACUCGCCGAGCUCAAAGACACCAACAUGGGGCUGUUUGAAGGCAGUUUCAAGCAAGCGCAGUUCAGACCGUACCUGUUCCGCAUGCGAUGCAAAGCCGAGCCGCUCAACGACGAAGUGCGCGUGAAGGCGCAAAUUGUCAACUUGGAAGCCCUCAACUACGUGACCGAGUCGACCGAGUUACUCGACGCGAUUGCCAAAUUGGCGUAAAGUACACGGACAAGUGGUGUUUUGUAUACCAGCUCAAGAUCGUGACGAAUUGCCAUCAAAUAUAUAUAUAUAUAUAUAUAUGAAUUC